AUGAAGCCCCGACGCUGCUGUGACGCCUGCCGGCGGCGUCACCGCAAAUGCGUCGUGCAACCGGGUGCGUCGGGUUGCGGCGCCUGCUUGGAGGCCGAUCUGCCGUGUCAUUUUGAUACAACCCUACGCUUUAAGCAUGCGCCCGGCAGCUCCAAGAAGGCUGCUUCUGCAGGCAGGACUCAAAUGCUCGAGUUGAAGAAAGAACUUUCACAGCCUUUGAAAAAAAAGGAAAAGUCUCGUCAUAUUGACUUCUUUUGGUGUUUAGCUAGGCGUAACACGGAGUCCAGCCGUGCGGAAGAAACCGACACCGAAGACUCCUCAUCCCCUGCCACUUUAUCUUCGCAAACCGCCGGGGGGAGGGUAGGCAGCAUCGGCUCCCACGCUUCACCACACGGUUCAUCAUCCUUUGAAAGCCAGCAGUUUACUAUUGAGCUGCCUCCUCCUGCAGGGCAAAGGUUUCGUGGGGAGGCGCCAGCGCAGAGAUUCACGGGCCACGGCUCUCACGGCGACGGGAGCGCUCCCAUUGGGUUCGUGUUGAACAGAGGACCGCCGCCAGAGUCUCACCAUCGAUCUAGCUUUGCCUCCAGCCCGGGGUACCUCGACUCUGUUCGCGACGGCCUCGCAUCGGAUUCUGGCCAGUGGAGUGGGUGCGAGGUCCAGCCCCAGCUUCAAAUCUCUUAUCUGCUGGGCGACUCUCCUUCAACGCAGGCCGGGUCGGCGCAGCGGGAAAGGGCUGAUAGUCUGAUUUCAGAUGCUGAACUCAGAUCCCAACCCGCUGACCCGCAACAUUGCGGCUUUACCGGGCGACAGGCCUUUCUAUAUCGCACAUACAUUAUGAGGAUAGCUCCAUCGAUUGACGCAUGCCACGACGCCCGCCCUUUUACACUCGAGGUCCCUCGCCUGGCUCUCUACACACCUAUCCUCCUUAACGGAAUAUUCGCUCUCGCUAGCCGCUUUGAUGCUCAAGGUGCGGACGACGAUGUCGAAAAGUCGGAUCUGGAGAGCACCUAUUACCACAACCGCUGUAUCGAACUGCUCAUCGAGGCCUUUUCCCAACCCCCAGAAACCUGGGACUCGACGCUGCUGACGGCCGUCGUCAUCAUGCGCCUGUACGAAGAAUACGACAACGAGACGGACUCGCACUAUCACCACCUGCGUGGCACCCGUAACCUGCUCAACCACGACUCAAUUGCGAGGUUUGUGACGCAGGGCGGUCUCGCCGAGGCGGCGAGCUGGGUGCACUUACGGCAGGCCCUCUAUAUAUACCUCGUUCGCCGGACGCCGAUCGAGAUAUGCUUGAAGAAUUUCGAGAGGUCGUCUACUUUUAUGAUGAAUGACGACACGGCACACGCAAAUCGUAUUGUUUACCUGUUUGCAAAGGUGCUAAAGCUUUUUUUCCCCGACGACGGCACUGGGUUCUUGGCGAGCAGUGAUACCGCUUGGGAGGAGUUGCAGGGCGAAGUUGAGGGCUGGUAUAGGGACAAGCCCGUGUCUUUUCAGCCCCUAUUCUACGAGAGAGCGGAUCUAACGAGGCAUCGGCCGUUCCCGACUCUAUGGAUGAGUACGGAUCCAGCCACCGUUGCUCUUGGAUAUUACUACGCUUCGAAAGCUAUCUUUUGCUUUCAGGCUUACAGCAGCCCGAAUUCGAUGGUGGGAUUUGAGGGAACGAAGAAGAGGCUUGACAGCGAGCGCGAAAUCUCAUUUUAUCUCUGUAUUUUAAUGGGCUUGGCCCUUUCUAACGAAGCGGUAAACGCAUACUACCUACCAGCACACAUGCUGUCUCUAUGCGGGCACCUCAUCCGACAUCCGCUCGAACGUGAACAUACAAUUAAAUACUUGGCGCAGGUGAGGAACAUUGUGCAAUGGAAAACAGGGGCGUUGGUCAAGACUUUGAAGGAGCAAUGGGCAGAGCUCGAUAGCUUUUGA